AUGGCAAGAGCCGACGAUUUCAACGAUAGACAAAACCAGAUCGACGCCGAGAAUGAGCCAUACCAUCAGUAUGAGUAUCAAGCGGAGGGCAACGGCUCUUGGGCGGGAGCGCUCCCGGUGAAGCAGGGCUUGUAUGACCCUGAUUUGGAGAAGGAUGCUUGUGGUGUCGGCUUUGCAUGUAACAUUAAGGGCAAGGCCAGCCACAAGAUCGUCAGCGAUGCGCGAAAUUUGCUUUGUAACAUGACCCAUCGCGGUGCGGUGGGUUCAGAUGCUCGAGACGGAGACGGUGCAGGUGUUAUGACCUCCAUUCCCCACAAGUUCUUCAUCAAGAACUUCGAACGCGAAACGGAUAUCAAGCUUCCACCGAUGGGACAAUAUGCUGUGGGCAAUCUUUUCUUCAAGCCAGAUGAGGAGACGUUGCACGAGUCAAAGAGACAGUUGGAAGAGAUCUCAGAGUCACUGGGGUUAAGGGUAUUGGGAUGGCGAGAGCCUCCUAAAGAUUCUACUCUUCUUGGUCCUGCUGCUGCUUCGCGUGAGCCUAUUAUUUUGCAGCCGUUCGUCGUGUUAGCAUCUGCGUACGGCUAUGGCAAUUCGCCAGAGACUACAGAUCCUGACCAUUUUGAUGAGAAAUAUUUCGAGAGACAACUUUACGUGCUACGAAAGCGUGCGACCCAUACCAUUGGUCUCCACAAUUGGUUCUAUCUUUGCUCCCUUUCCAACAAGAAUAUUGUCUACAAGGGCCAGCUUGCUCCCGUACAGGUUUACGAGUACUAUUAUGAUCUGGUAAAUGCCGACUACGAAGCCCAUUUCGCUCUUGUACACUCUCGCUUUUCCACAAAUACUUUCCCAUCUUGGGACCGCGCUCAACCAUUACGGUGGGCAGCUCACAAUGGUGAAAUUAAUACAUUGCGGGGCAACAAGAACUGGAUGCGCGCUCGUGAGGGUGUCAUGCAAUCCGACAUUUUUGGUGAUGAGCUUGAGACGCUCUAUCCCAUUGUUGAAGACGGUGGAUCUGAUUCGGCUGCUUUCGACAACGUUUUGGAACUCCUCACCGUGAACGGUGUCCUCUCUCUUCCCGAGGCCGUCAUGCUCAUGGUCCCAGAAGCAUGGCAAGACAAUGCCGCAAUGGACCCUGCCAAAGCUGCAUUUUACGAGUGGGCUGCUUGUCAGAUGGAACCUUGGGAUGGACCUGCUCUCUUCACCUUCGCUGACGGAAGAUACUGUGGUGCCAACCUAGACAGAAAUGGUCUCCGACCCUGCAGAUACUAUGUCAUGGACGAUGACAGAGUCAUUUGUGCAUCCGAAGUUGGAACUAUGCACGUCGACCCCGAGCGAGUUAUUCUCAAAGGGCGUUUGCAGCCUGGAAAGAUGCUGCUUGUUGACACCCUUGCCGGCCGCAUUAUCGACGAUGCUGAGCUGAAGAGCACCGUUUCAAACCGCCACAAUUUCCGCGCAUGGCUCGACAAAGAGCUGAUCAGCUUGCCUAGAAUCCAUGAGGAUCUGCUCGCCAGAGGCACACUUGAUCUGGCAGCCAAGCCUGAUUCUGCUCCCAUCCAGGAAGAUGCGAUGCUGAGAGCAUUCGGAUACUCCUUUGAGCAGGUCAGCUUGCUCCUUGCACCAAUGGCCUCAGAUGAGAAGGAAGCACUUGGGUCUAUGGGCAACGACGCUCCCUUGGCGUGCCUUGCGGAGGCACCUCGCCUACUUUACGAAUAUUUCCGGCAGCUCUUUGCACAAGUCACAAAUCCUCCAAUCGACCCCAUUCGAGAGGCCAUCGUUAUGUCCCUGGAGUGCUAUGUUGGCCCUCAAGGCAAUUUGCUGGAAAUGGACUCAUCCCAGUGCGGGCGCCUACUCUUGCCAACGCCCGUUCUCUCGAUUUCCGAGUUCAACGCUUUGAAGAAUAUCAACCAGCUUCACCCUUUAUGGACUGUCAAAGUCAUCGAUUUGACCUUCCCCAAAUCCGAAGGUACCAAGGGUUAUCUCAAGCACUUGGAUUACAUCUGUGAAGAGGCAACUGCUGCUAUCGCGAACAAGGACCGCAUUAUCAUUCUGUCUGACCGUGCAACAUCCGCCGAUCGGGUUCCCGUUUCGGCUCUGCUUGCUUCUGGCAUGGUUCACCAUCACUUGGUCAACAACAAGUGGAGAUCACUCGCUGCUAUCGUUGUCGAGACUGCAGAGGCACGCGAAGUCCACCACAUGUGUGUUCUCGUAGGAUAUGGUGCCGACGCCAUCAACCCAUACCUUGCCAUGGAAAGUAUUAUCAAGCUCAACCGCGAGGGUUUGAUCAGAAAGAAGCUCAGCGAUGAGACGCUCAUUCGAAACUACAAGUAUUCCGCCGACGGUGGUAUCUUGAAAGUUAUGAGCAAAAUGGGCAUUUCUACCUUGGCCAGUUACAAGGGUGCUCAGAUCUUCGAGGCACUCGGUGUUGAUGAUACUGUUGUCGACCGAUGCUUCAAGGGCACCGCAACCAGAAUCAAGGGCAUUACCUUCGAGCUCAUUGCCGAAGAUGCCUUCAGGUUCCACGAGAAGGGAUUUCCAUCUCGAUACACUGUCAGCGUUCCAGGUCUCGUAGAAUCUGGAGAGUACCAUUGGCGUGAUGGAGGAGAGCCCCACAUCAACGACCCAACCUCUAUUGCCAACAUCCAGGAUGCUGUCCGCACCAAGAACGACAAAUCAUACGAGGCUUAUUCCCUCGCUGAGUACGAGCAAAUCAAGGCAUGCACCCUCAGAGGUCUCCUCGACUUCAAGUUCGAUGAGUGCUCCCCAGUGCCGAUCGACCAAGUCGAGCCAUGGACUGAGAUCGUCCGCAGAUUCUGUACUGGAGCUAUGUCCUACGGCUCAAUUUCUAUGGAGUCUCACUCAACGCUCGCCAUUGCCAUGAAUCGACUUGGCGGAAAGUCCAACACUGGUGAAGGUGGUGAGGAUCCAGAGAGAUCCGAGAGAAUGGAAAGUGGUGAUACUAUGAGAUCAGCUAUCAAGCAGGUCGCAUCCGGACGAUUCGGUGUCACCUCCAACUACUUGGCCGACUCCGAUGAACUUCAAAUCAAGAUGGCUCAAGGUGCUAAGCCCGGAGAAGGUGGUGAACUUCCUGGCCACAAAGUAUCCAAGUCCAUUGCUCGUACUCGUCACUCCACGCCUGGUGUUGGUUUGAUUUCCCCACCACCGCACCACGACAUCUACAGUAUCGAGGACUUGAAGCAACUCAUUUAUGAUUUGAAGUGCUCCAACCCUCGUGCACGAGUAUCCGUUAAGCUUGUCUCUGAAACCGGCGUGGGAAUUGUUGCUUCUGGUGUGGCCAAGGCCAAGGCAGAUCACAUCUUGAUUUCUGGUCACGAUGGUGGAACCGGUGCCUCUCGAUGGACUGGUAUCAAGUAUGCCGGUCUCCCUUGGGAACUUGGUCUCGCCGAGACUCAUCAAACUUUAGUUUUGAACGAUCUUCGAGGUCGUGUUGUUGUCCAAACCGAUGGUCAACUUCGAACUGGCCGUGAUGUUGCUGUCGCCUGUUUGCUUGGAGCAGAAGAAUGGGGCUUUGCCACAACCCCUCUCAUUGCUAUGGGCUGCAUUAUGAUGAGAAAAUGCCACUUGAACACCUGCCCGGUUGGAAUUGCAACUCAAGACCCCGAGCUCCGCACAAAGUUCAAGGGCACACCUGAGCAUGUCAUUAACUUUUUCUAUUAUAUCGCUAAUGAAUUGCGAGCCAUCAUGGCAAAGCUUGGCUUCCGUACCAUAAACGAAAUGGUUGGCCAUGCUGAGUGCCUCCGAGUUCGCGAGGAUCUGCGCACGAACAAGACUCAGAACAUCGAUCUCUCAUUGAUUCUGACCCCAGCGCACAAGCUCAGACCCGGAGUAGCUACCUUUAACGUCCGAAAGCAAGACCAUCGCCUCUACGUCAGACUGGACAACAAACUUAUCUCUGAGGCCGAACUCACGCUCGACAAAGGCCUGCCUUCUCGCAUUGAGUGCGACAUUGUCAACACGGAUCGUGCCAUGGGGACAUCCCUAUCCUACCAGAUCUCCAAGCGUUACGGAGAAGCUGGUUUACCCAUGGAUACGGUCCAUGUCAACAUCAAGGGCUCUGCUGGACAGUCUUUCGGCGCCUUCCUCGCAGCUGGUAUCACCCUCGAGCUGGAAGGCGACUCCAACGACUAUGUCGGAAAGGGUCUGUCCGGUGGUCGCCUCAUUAUCUACCCUCCCCGUACUGCCGUUUUCAAGGCAGAGGAGAACGUCCUCAUUGGCAAUGUCUGCUUGUACGGUGCUACCAGUGGAACUUGCUUCUUCCGAGGAGUGGCGGCAGAACGUUUCGCGGUUCGGAACUCGGGUGCUACUGCUGUUGUUGAAGGUGUUGGUGACCAUGGUUGCGAGUACAUGACUGGUGGUCGUGUUCUCAUUUUGGGAAGCACUGGUCGUAACUUCGCUGCUGGUAUGUCAGGUGGUAUUGCUUAUAUCCUUGACAUCCAGCAGGACUUCAUGUCGAAGCUCAACCCUGAGAUGGUCGAAGCUUCAGGCAUUGAUGACCCUGCCGAAAUUGCCUUCGUUCGAGGCUUGAUCGAAGAUCACCAUCACUACACCGGAUCUGAACUUGCAGCUCGCGUCCUUCUCGAUUUUAAUAGAGCCCUUCCUCGCUUUGUCAAGGUCCUGCCUGUCGAUUACAAGCGAGUUCUUGAAGAGGAGGCCGCCAAGGCAGCUGAGGCAAAGCGUACUGAGUAUUCGCUCCCUCUUCUCCCUAGCAAUCCUGUCCGUGAAGUUCACGAGAAGAACUUGAAGGAGAAGCAUCCCCACGAGAAGAAGUCCGACCUGCAGGACAUCGAAGAAACCGUCGGUGACGCUGCCGUUGAGAAGAAGAGAUCUCUUGUCCUGGACAAAACCAAAGGUUUCAUGAAAUACCAACGACGAUCCGAGAAGUAUCGCUCAGCAAAGACUCGAACCAAGGACUGGGCCGAACUUUCCAAGCGUCUUGACGAGGAUGAGCUCAAGUACCAGGCUGCUCGUUGCAUGGACUGCGGUGUUCCAUUCUGCCAGUCUGACUCCGGAUGCCCUAUUUCCAACAUCAUUCCGAAGUGGAAUGAGCUCGUCUUUUCGAACCAGUGGAGGGAUGCUCUCAAUCGUCUUCUCAUGACCAACAACUUCCCUGAGUUCACUGGACGUGUCUGCCCUGCUCCCUGCGAAGGUGCAUGCGUUCUUGGUAUCAACGAGGACCCCGUCGGUAUCAAGUCCAUCGAGUGUGCCAUCAUCGACCGCGGUUUCGACAUGGGUUGGAUGACCCCACAGCCUCCCAAGGUCCGCACUGGCAAGACUGUGGCUAUCAUCGGAUCAGGACCAGCCGGUCUUGCUUGCGCUGACCAGCUCAACAAAGCUGGCCACACGGUCACUGUCUAUGAGCGGGCUGAUCGCUGUGGUGGCCUUCUCAUGUAUGGUAUCCCCAACAUGAAGCUCGACAAGAGGAUUGUCAAGCGUCGUACGGACUUCAUGGCUGCCGAAGGAGUCACCUUCAAGACCGGGGUUGCAGUUGGACAGGACGUCAAGCUCAUGGAUUUGAAGGCAAAGAAUGAUGCUGUCGUUAUUGCAACAGGAGCUACUGUUGCUCGUGACCUCCCCAUCAAGAACCGAAACCUUGAGGGUAUCCACUUUGCCAUGCAAUUCUUGCACAAGAACACAAAGUCUUUGCUUGACUCUCAGCUUGAAGAUAACGCCUACAUUUCGGCCAAGGACAAGCACGUUAUUGUCAUCGGAGGAGGUGAUACUGGUAAUGACUGCAUUGGCACCUCUGUCCGUCACGGUGCCAAGUCCGUCACCAACUUUGAGUUGCUGCCACAGCCACCGAAUGAGCGUGCUCGUGACAAUCCUUGGCCACAAUGGCCCAGAAUCUACCGUGUUGACUACGGUCACACUGAGGUCAAGCAGCACAUGGGCAAGGAUCCUCGAGAGUACUGCGUCAUGUCCGAGGAGUUCGUUGACGAUGGGACUGGGAAGGUCAAAGGCAUCAACACCAUCCGUGUUGAGUGGACCAAGUCUGCUACCGGUGGUUGGGACAUGAAGAAGCUUGAAGGCUCUCAGCAAUUCUUUCCUGCUGACCUCGUCCUCUUGUCCAUGGGUUUCUUGGGACCUGAGGAUCGUGUUCUUGGCGAUGAGAUUGAGAAGGAUCCUCGCAAAAAUAUCAAGACUCCUCCAGGAAAAUACCACACCAACGUUGAAGGCGUCUUUGCUGCUGGUGAUUGUCGUCGUGGACAGUCGCUCAUUGUCUGGGGCAUCAAUGAAGGAAGACAGUCAGCUCGCGAGGUUGACCUCUAUCUUGAAGGAUCCUCCAGCCUUCCAGUCACCGGUGGUAUCGUCAAGCGAACUGCGCAUGAGAUUCUUGGUCGUGCUGAGCGCGCUCCUAUCCAGGCCUCUGCUGUUGCUGCCUGA